AUGAGUGCUCAUAUUAAUAGUUAUGACUAUGACAACGAACUAAAGUCGUGUACGGUUUUACAUCUGGCAGCAAGAAAUGGAAAUAAAGUUAUGCUAGAAAUUCUAUUAAAAGAAGGUGCAGAUGUUCAAGCGCGUGAUGAGAAGGACGAGACACCUCUUCAUGUAGCUAUUACUAAAGAAAAUACCGAAGCUGUUGGACUUCUUAUUCAACAUGGCGCUGAUGUCCACUCGGUUAGUCCUAAGUGGGAAACAGGAUUCACCUCGUUGCAUCAAGCCAUUGUAAAUAACAAGAAAGACAUUGUAAAUAUAUUAAUAUAUGGAGGUGCUGAUAUUAUCAGUGACGCUUGA